GCCCUUAAGAUUCACAAUGGUGCCGUUGAUCGCAGCAUGGUUACCACCGGGUCUCCGCAGCAAGUGUUUACAAAUGUCACUGAAGUUCUUCAUGGUAUGGGUAUUAAAAUAGCUCAAGAUGGCGCGUUUUCGUACCGGUGUGUGAGGCCCAAGCGGAAGAAGAACGUCGCUCCAUCAUCUCACCGCCCUGGUCCACCUGGCCAAGCGCUAGAGCCACAUGAUUUCGUCCCAUUCACACCGGUUACUCCCGACGGUCCUAAUUUCCCAGAGAGCUCCGCAAAUUCGUUCUUGGCAGGCUCUGAGCCGAUUUACGGAGGAGCUUCGACCAAGGAUAAGGGCGGGGAAGUGCGAUUCUCAGUGGAAUUGACGCGCAUUUCUGGCUUGGAUGAUACGCUGAGCCUGGAUAUGCGCCGAAUGAAAGGAGACCUCGGGAGCUACAAAUUCCUCUAUGAUACUCUCCGAGAGUAA